AUGAUGACAAAUCAACUCCUUUUUUCCUGUCUUGUGAUGAUUGUAAACUCGUGCUCUCUACUUUACAACAAUACCAUGUUUCUAACUGGUACCUACAAAGAAGUUAUCAAUGUUCCACUUUCCUAAAUAUUUUUAAAUCAGAAUUAUAGAAACCUUACUUUUAAGGAAUCAAACAAAGACUUUGUAAUUGCAGCUCCACUUUAACUAUAUUCAGAAUCAAGAUUUGGUGACAAAGCCAAUUCGUAAACAAUUUCUUCAAAGCUCUUUAAAUCUACCAAAAGUAGAGAUCCUAUUUAACACCUGACUGCUUUGGUUCAUUAAGGAAGCUAUUUCCUAUAUUAAAAUGUGGGUAUCUACUAAACUCUCCCAUAAAUCAAGCAUGUAUCUGCAUGCAAAGAAAAACAAGCUUCUAUUUGCUAUGACAUUGUUGAAUUAAAAACUUUGGUAAUCAUAGAAUGCUAAGAUACUCUCAACAAUAGUUAUUUUAGCAUUAUGUAGAAUGAGAACGUAAAAUAACUAGAAAUAGAAAAACCCAAUUCUGAAUUUCGAAAACUUGAUUAAAUUGACUCGUAUUUGAUAAGGGGGACUGUUAAUAAAAUUGAUUUAUAUAUAGAAGAACAAGAAAAACUUAAGUUUCUAAAAUCAUUAGAUGAAUAGACAUUGGUCAAUUUGUUAUAAAAAGACAAUUUCAAAUUGUCAAUUAGAGAUUUCUAAACUCACACCAAUGGCUAGAUUAGCAUAAUGAAUGCCUUUGGUGAAAUAGUUGUCGUUGAAUACAAGAAUGACAAUUGGGAAUUAAUUAAGACCAUUGACACAGAGAUGGACGACAUUCAAGGGUAUGACUAUGAUGUUUAUACCAACACAUAUGUGAUUAUGACCAACUCAAAGAUAAAAUACAAAUAGAUGGAUGAAGAGGGCUAGAGUAAGGAGUAUCUGAAUUUGAAUGAAUCCAACAAGAUUUACCUAGCCAAUGGAAGCGUACUACUUCACUAAAAGCAAGAUAUUACCUUAUUUACAUUAUAAUUGGCAAAAACCUAGACCUUAAAUUUGGGGAACUAAAGUUAUCAAUUAAUUACAUAUCCUUACUCUAAUGGAUUUAUUGCUGUUAGUGAUAAUAUGACAUAUGCUUAUGCAAUCAAUAGGGAAUAUUUCUUAUAAGUUACAUUUAAUCAGAUAAUAGACUAGAAAUAUCUGAAAGUGGAUAUAAGUUAAUAGGGUGAUGAUCCAUGGGAUUGUGAAAUAACAAUUUUCUAUAAGACUGAGAGUAUUAAUUAUGAUCAAAUACUAACACAACAAUAUUCGUAAGGCUUGAUCUCUUCAGGAGUAUAUUAAGACAAUGCUAAAGCGAAGUUAAGGCCUGUGUUUUAAGGAUCUAAUUUGCAGUACAAUUUCCAACCUAAUUCAAUCCUUAACAUAACUAUUAAUCAAUUUAAGUAUGCAUACUUGAAAAAUGUAACAGAAUCCAGGUAUAUUAUUUACAGAGAGAUAUUAUAAAGAAGAUAUUAACCAAAAUUAUACUUAGUGGAAUAAGAUUCAAAUCUUUAAUUAACUGGUUAUUCUUGCACCAAUUUUGCACCAAUCCACCUUAAUUGCCACAUACUAUUUACAAAAUCAGAAUUUAUCAAAUUGUCAGCAACCUAAAAUUAGCUUUGGUGGUACAAUGAAGAUUCUCUAUUCUUUGCUGUUUUUGGAGACUCAACAAUAAUUAUAUACUCCUACCUAUACAAAGACAAAAAGCUUGCUGUUCUAACCGCAAUUGUCUUGGAGAGUGAUGUAAAAUAGAUAGCCACAGAUGGUUAUCACUUAUUUGCGUUAACUGCAUAGGAUGUUAAGAUCUACUCGAUAACUGUUGCUGGAAAAGAGAAACUCUUAUUAAACCUAGAAGUUCAAGCUGACAGAUUAUACGCAUCAUACGCUUAAAAAAACUAUGUGUUUUUAGAAGUAGCUAAAACGUUGUACAUUUAUAACAUAGCAUACAAUAAGGAAACACUUAUUUAAUUCAUAGAAAUUGAAAAUGAUUACGAAGAAACUAAUUUAGCUAUUUUCGACAAUCACUUUGUUAGGUUUGGUAAGAUCAAGGACAAAGAGGAAUAUGAUGUAAAGGUUUACAAUUAUAAAAAUCAGAAGAACAUUUAUCUAUAGAAAUAGAUAGGAAUUAAUGGCUAUUCGAAAAUUAAUCUCAAUACCUUGUAAUAUUCGUUCAUCAAUAAUUUGUUUUACCUUAUAGGGUGGAAUACUAAGCGAUAAAAGCAUGCAGUCCUAAUCUAUUCAACCAAAUCAAGUAGUUUAGAUUCUCUCUUUAGUGUAAUCGAUGUAACAUUUAUGGCCUAGAUUUCAGCUACUGGAGAAUAUGUCUUUAUCACAGAUAAAGGAAACACUUAGUAGAAUUUAUAAAUUUUGUAUAUUAAAGGAUCGCUAUUUGUAAGUACUAAAAUAAAUGAAAAUUAUCAGUAGAUUGAAUAUUCAAAAUAGAUUAGCUUAAAUCUCGUUAUUAAUAAUGAUUCGUCUAAUAAAUUAAUCACAACAAUUCCUGUUAAUAUAGUAAACAGAGGAGUUAAAUUAAUUUAAAUUAAUGACUCAUUUAAUCUAACAUAUAAGUCAAGUGGUGAUGAAAAACAUUGCGCAGACUUAGGGCAAGCUUGGUACAGUGGUUAAGCUCUGGAUGUGGAAUUAGCUUAUUCAUCUAAGAAGGUGUAAUUCAAUCCUGUUUUGGCUAAACAGUAGGAAACCUUGGAGUUUAGUCCUUUCUUACAAGAGUUCGAUGAUGAUACAUUAGUUUAAAUGAUGGAUAACAAGCUUAUUUUAGUUAAGAAGGAAGAUCUAUCAAUCAUAGAAGAAUUUUAAUUGGACUUAAUGUAUACAUUCCAUAAACUCUUCUUAAUUGAUGGACAUAAUAUCUAUAUUUUAGUUUUGACAGAUGAUACUAUUGAAUUAAGAAUAGUUUAAUGUCAAAAAUACAAGUGUGACUUUUUGGAGAAUAGGCUUGAAUUUAGUUCAAUGAUAAAGAAUGUAUAUCUGCAUAAGAAUUAUUUCUUUGUUUAUAUUGAAGAUGUAGUGGAGGUUUAUGACACCAAAGGAGAUGCAGUUAUGUUAGAAUCUUUUGAAUAGAUCCAGAAAUUUGAAUAGAACCCUUCAUUGAUUUAAAUGGAAUUUAGACAUCUACAGAAUGAUAUAUAUUAAUUUAUUUCCGUGGAUUUUGAGGGCAAUCCGGAAUUACAAACGAGAUCAAUAUCUAAAACCUCUAAAAUAUCAAAUUAUAAUACUACAAAUAUAUUGAUUAAACCAAUAAUCGCUGAAUAAAGGAUCAAUGUGCAAUAGCAAUAAUAUUCUGCAGGGUUUGUGUUAAGGAAAGAUGAGAUGAUCAUAAUAUUUACAAACAGUGCAUCAUAUUCAUUUCAAUUCCAAAAUGAUUGCUAAAGAGGAGAACUAUGUGAGGUUAGUAAAUUUUAAUUUAAUGGGGUAUAUCAAUAAUAUGGAGAUUGGUAUUUGCUCGGUGCAUUCAAAAUCUUUUUUGUGAGCCAGAAUUUCUUGCACUUGAUCUAUUAUUCGGCUUAUCAAAGUUUGCUAUUAAUUUACGAUCUUUCAAUACCAAGCAGCAAUUCAAAACCUAAUAAUGCUAUUGUUGGAUUGACUUCUCCCCAAAAAGUGGGUGAUCCAAUCUAUUAGAUAACGUCGCUCGUGUAUAGUAGUAAGGGGAAGUUGCAUUUGUUGACAUCAAUUGAAGAUAGAACCUAACUCCAACAUUACACAAUCUAAAGAUCCCCUUAGUUAUGCAUUGAUGGGAACUUCUUUUAAGAUAAUGUGAAAUUUAGGAUGUCAAAUCUAGACUAUUAAAUGUAUUUAGAUGAGAAGGUGAAGAUAGAGGAAUACAUGCUCCCAAUUCCAAAAGAAGAGAGUUUUCCAGUCUGGGCAAUAGUGAUGAUUGUUGUAGGGUCUCUGGCUAUUCUAGGAUUUGGUUUAUUCAUGUAUCGUCUAGGCAAGAGAAAUAGAAUAAAGGAACAAUAAGUGUUGUUGACUUAAGUUUGA